AUGGAAUUUUGCAUGUUUAAUUCGUUUAUCUCUAAAUUUGAGCCUAAGAAUGUAAAGGUUUCUCUUGAUCACUCAGAUUGGGUGCAAGCUACGCUGGAAGAGCUUAAUGAAUUCAAACGUAACAAGGAAGAAGUCAUAGACUACAAAGAGACAUUCGCACCGGUUGCAAGGCUUGAAUCUGUUCGCAUUUUCCUCGCCUAUGCAACUCACAAGAAUUUUGAAGUCUAUCAGAUGGAUGUCAAAUGUGCUUUUCUCAAUGGUGAGUUAGAUGAAACGGUCUACGUAGAGGUUCAGGUGAAUCCUCGUGAGCCACACAUGACUGUUGUGAAGAAUAUUUUGAGAUAUCUCAAAAGAUCAUCUUCUCUUGGAAUAUGGUAUCCUUCAAACUCUGGAUUCUUUGUGCAAGCAUUUUUGGAUGCUGAUCUAGGUGGAUGCAGUCUCGAUCAUAAGAGAACUUCUAGGGGAUGUCAGUUUCUAGAUGACAAACUAAUGCAGGUAUACUUUUUGCUUUCAAUUCAGAACGAUGGGGAAAGGAUGCCACACAAGCACUUCUGA